GGCUAUGAAGGCAGACGCUUUCCUCAUUAUUUCGCAGCCAACUUGGCUUUCAUCCAACCUGUAGCACUUGGGGCCAAGGGGGAAGAUGCCGAGAGGCUUUUUAGUCAAGAGAAGCAAGAAAGGCUGCGGGACUUACAGGGUCCCUUGUGGUGCUUCUUCCCCGCAGCAGUCAGUCCCUUUCCUUCCAGCCCCGGAGCCUCCCAGCCCUCACAUCCCAAGCUCACCUCCGGACUCAGUCCCAGCCGAAAAGGAAGGCACAAAGGUCGCACAGAGUUACUCUAAAGUUAGUUCCGACACAUCGCCUAUCAGACAGGAUGGGACUGGCAGCUGGAGCCAACUGCCUUACAGCCCAGUGCAGCCGACCGGCUUAGAGAUGAAAACGACCUUCUUUAAAAGGUACCCCAGCUCCCCUGCUACUGGGGAGUCCUUCCCGGUCGCAGCGUCGUUGGUCUCAAUGGAGAAGCUGCUGAUUAAUCACAAUCCCUUCCUGACUCCCGAGGGAAAGCUCCAUGGGAACCUCUGUGCCAGGGACGCCCCCAGAUUCACCAAGUGCCCCCCUAAGAAGAGCAAAGUCACCAGGAAGCUGAACUUUACAGACGAAGUCACCACUUCUCCCGUCCUGGGGCUGAAGAUUAAAGCGGAGGAUCCGGAGUGCAAGUCCCGCAGCCCCCUGGGCAAGCGCCCCCCGCUGGGGGAGUUUAUAUGCCAGCUCUGCAAGGAGCAGUACCCCGACCCUUUCGCCCUGGCACAGCACAAAUGCUCCAGGAUCGUCCGGGUCGAAUAUCGGUGCCCCGAGUGCGAUAAAAUAUUUAGCUGCCCCGCAAACCUGGCGUCUCACAGGAGGUGGCACAAGCCCAGGGCGCCGGGGGCUGACGGGGGGGCAGGAGGGAAGAAGCCGCACAGCGAACUGGAAGGGAAAGAGAACAGCAGCGCCCCCCGCAGUGUCCCGUUGAGUUUGCUGGAAUCGCCAGUUCAGCACCAGCAGGCGGCGGACAGCUCCCAGCGCAGCGAUCAGCACCAUCUCCCAGCGGACAGCUCCCCCUUCCUGAGCCGAGCGGCGGGUACGGGCGCCCCCCUGCCCCGGGCUGGAUCGGACGAUGGGGAGGAGGAGGCGUUCGACUGUCCCUAUUGCCACAAGCGAUUCCGCCGGCAGGCCUAUCUCCGCAAGCACCUCCUCAGCCACCAGCCCUACAGCCCCAUGGAGAGGGGGCCGCUCACUUACCCCUGUACCCUGUGCGGAGUGCACUUCCCUUCCAUGGACAUCAGGGACAAGCACCGGCUGUGGCACGCCGUCAGGGAGGAGCUGCUCAUCCCUCUGGAAGACUCUCUGAUGGCCGAAGGAGGGCAGCAAAUCUUCCCCUGCGAACGUUGUCCCACUGCCUUCUUCAGCUCCCCGGGACUCACCUUGCACAUGAGCAAAUGCCACUCCGCAGGGAGCGGGCAGGACCUGCCUAUGGGGCCCCCGGGCUGUUAAAGGCAUUGUACCCCCUGUCAUUGCUGCCAUGUAUCUCUAUCGUUCGGUGUAGGGGCGUCCAACCUGCAUCCCUACAGCUGCCGUGGAACUACAACUCUCACACCCCUGGAGCGGAUAUUGGGGAGUUGUAAUCCAACAACAGCUGGAGGGCCGCAGGAUGGACGUUCCCGGUUUAGUCAGUUCAGUGUUUGUAUGUUAUUUCCACAGCCAAAUAGUUGCACCAGCAACCGUUCACUUUCCAGAUCCAAAGCCAGUAGUGUAUUGUCGGCUUAUGGCCAAUAAGGUAAUCGCAGCCUGACUGUAUCUGUGGCUGUCAGGGGAUGCUGGGAGGUAUAAUUCAACAACAUCCAGAGGCUGCAGGCUGCUUAUAUAAUGUUUGGAAUAGCUGUGCAGCCUCUUCCCAGAAACCUAAUAAGUCUAUGGGUGUCAGAUAUUCUCCCUCCCCAUAUCUCCCAUACUCUGUACAACUUUAUAAUCAUGGGGGCAUACUUACCACAGGGAGAAACUAGAACACCCACAGUCCAUUCUAGUGAAACCUGCCUCUCUAUUCAUGUCUUUGGGAUUUUUAAAGAUGUAUUUAUCAGAUUGUGAACUUUUCCUUACACCCAUUGAUAAAUAUGCCCCCCAAAAUCUGUUGGAAACAAAUAUAAAGCUGCAGAGUUUCACGGGGGAGGGGGGGGUGUUCUAGUAUCAUUUUUAAUAAAUAUACACCAUAGUUCCAUUAAUCCUCCCCCCCCAGCACCCCAGUAGUGGAACAGUCCCUCCCUGACAGUCUGGUGUAGCUAUUGGCAUUAGUGCUUUGGCCUCUGGGUAUCUCUAUGUGCAACUUGUGAGCCUAUAGGUCAUUAUUAGCUGCCUUCCACUAAGGACUCUGUGAAACAGUGAUAUAUACAUUGUGUCUAAAUUGUUUAGUGGGCAAAAGAAAAUAUACCAAAGGUUUCAUGCAUUCAGCUGUUCUUCUCAUUUCCUACAAUGCCUAAAGCACCACCAGGAGCCAUAGGCAAGGGGCAAACAGCUGACAGAUAGGAAUAUACAGCCGGCAAGGCUUGUGGGCUCAUGUGUAAUUAAAUCAUUCCAAAAGGACUAAGUAAUGGCAGCUCCCUACUGGCAAUUACAUGCAAGUCUCUCCACGCCAAGGCUCCGUGUAGCUCCGUAUAAACAGAAUAACCUGAAAAGGGAUUAGUUGGAAUUAUUUAUUUUUGUAAUAAAAAAGCUUAUUGCAAACUUACAUUACAGUAAGACUCCCAAAGGCUGUUAAAUCCUCGCUGCUCCUUGAACACCGUAUAAUUUUGCUCUUUAUGCUGUUAAACCCAACGUGUUCUUUUAAGUCACAGUGUUAAGCACUCGGGAACAAUAAAGGCGACAUUAAAGACCGG